AUGAACCACAUCGCGGAUGAGCUUGGGAUAGACCCGCUUGAGUUCCGGCUGCGGAACCAUGUGGGCAUUGAGGGACAGCCCGGAGAGCGAGUAACGCCCGCAAACGAGAUAAUCGAUACACAGCCUGUUGAGGGGGGCAUACCCUUUUCCUCGAACGGGUUGCGGGAAUGUCUCGAAAAGGGCGCGGAAGCAUUUGGCUGGCAGACAGACACUGCAGAGCGUUCGCAGUCCGCGGAGCAUCUGAAGACCGGCAGCGGCAUGUGUAUGUUCAUCUAUCGCGGAGGGCCGGGCAGCAGGUCUUCGGCGCGAUUGAGGCUGAACUCAGAUGGAAGUGUGCAGCUCAUUGCGGCCAUCGGUGUGUCCUACGAUAGUGUGCGUGUAACUUUUGGCGACACGGCUGAUACACCUGAAGCGCCAAUUACGGCGGGCUCAACGGCGACAUUCUCUACCGGCUCGGCUGCUGUACAAGCGGCGGGAGAGCUAAAAGCGAAGAUUCUAAGCCUUGUCGCUACUCAUCUGGACGAUGAUGUCAGCAGGCUCGAUAUCGUGGACGGGAGCGUUGUAUCUGAGGACGGGAAUGUGCAAUUGCCGCUUGCCGACAUAGCUGCGCUUGCUGGUGAGGAGACUCUCCAAGUCGAGGCGUCGGUGAUGCCGGGCAGCAGGGACUAUAUCGUGAACUCGUUCGGAGCGCACUUCGCUGAGGUGGAGGUGGACACCGAGACGGGCAGUGUUCGCGUGCUACGCUAUGUGGCGGCGCACGAUUCCGGGCGCAUUCUGAACCCCCAGUUGGCUACAAAUCAGGUUGAAGGCGGCGUGUCGCAGAUGCUGGGAUUCACGCUGUCGGAGGAGAUGCUGACCGAUCCUCAGAGCGGCGUGACGUUGAACGGCAGCUUCUUGGAGCACAAGAGCGAGAUACUCGCAGAGGUCGUGAUUCCACCGGCUUCGCCACGUUCACGCAGCGUGUACCUGAAGGCGAAGGAGCGGCAAGCGAUGGACUUCGCGCUGGCGAGUGUGGCGCUGGCGGUUGACGUGGCUAAUGGCACGGUUUCAGAAGCUCGCCUUGUGCUUGGAGGCGUAGCGCCCGUGCCAUACAGGGUGCAUGGGGUGGAGGAUGCUCUUGCCGGCAUGCGGACAGACGAGAUAGACGCAGCACAGGUUGGUCGCAUUGCAGCGGAGGGAGCGAUGCCUCUGUCUGAUAACGGCUACAAGGUGCGGUUGGUGUCGGGAUUGGUGGCGCGUGCGGUGAGGACAUUGUUGACCGGAGAAGAGCGAGAGGGCGCGUCUCAGUGA